CCGUUCACCAAGACUGAGGAAAGCUUUAACAUGCAAGCGGCUUACGACCUGUUUUACAAGAGGGAUGAGCUUGCGAGCUACGACCACAUCCAGUUUCAAGGUGUGGUGCCGCGGACAUUUCUUUGUGUAAAGUGGAUCGAGAUGUUGCUUUUUAGACCAUUAAGGAUGUUAUUCGGAGACGGAGCGAAUAGCUUUCUGCUCUCAGAUGGAAUGGCCGUGUGCUACUUGGUACGACUUUUCGUAGCCGCUUGUACUUUUUUCGCUUUUGUACACUUAGGGAAGAGCAUUUCGACACUGGCGAGGUCGAGGAAUGGUUCUGCUAAGAAGGAGCAGAAGUCGGAGAUCAUGAGGCAGAACACCUAUGAUCACCAUGCCAUUCUUUUGAUGUUCCUGAGUUCGCAGUUCCAUCUAGUUUUCUAUGGGAGUCGCACGCUCCCGAACACCUUUGCCUUACAACUCUCGACUGUGGGUUUGUCUUGGUGGCUCCGCGGUGCCGAUUUUCGUGCCGUGUUUGCACUCACUGUCUGCGCGCUCGUUGUGCGGUGUGAAACUGCAUUAAUGUGGGCGGCGGUUGCAGUAGAUAUGUUCCUCUUUUCAAAACGACCAUACAGGCGACUAUUUUGCAGAUUCUUCAUGCCCUCUCUCCUUGCAGCUUGCGUGGCACUGCCGGCAACGAUUUUCGUCGACAGCUUCUAUUGGCGGCGGAGUGAAUACAGCGUUAAUCUCUGCAAGUUGGACUU